AUGACGCGCACCUGGACGUAAUCAGUCCCAGAAGGUAAACAGCAGCAGAGCAGCGAACCAUCACGUCAUCGUGUUUUGUGUUUCCAGCAUCUUUCAGUUCACAGAUGAUCCAGCAGAGGGCAGUGUACCGCUGUCUGUCUGUCUGUCUGUCUGUCUGUCUGUCUGUCUGUCUGUCUGUCUGUCUGCUGCUGCUGCCUUCAAGUCCGUCAGGAAACAUCACAUCCAUGUUUCACACAGGUGUGAUGUGUGAGUGAUGUCAGCUCUCUGCCGGCUGCUGAUUGGUCCACAGACAGCAGAUGAUGAAAACUGAAACCUUCAUUCAUAAUUCAGGAGCUGCAGUUUGUCUCUUUAACUCAGACAGGCCGACGACCUCAACAUGGAGUCAGACAGCCUCGAAGGUGAGACCUGUCUCAGUGUCUCCAGAGUCUCCGUGAAGCUCCUGUCUCUACAGAGACUCUGUCACCUGGACAUGGUGUAUGUUCGCCACAUCACAGCGGCCGUCCUCCCGCAGCAGGAAGUGAGGCUGGACAGACAGGAAGUGAGCCGGACUCUAAACAGGAUGUUCCACAGCGUGUCACAGGAAGUAGAAGGUCAUGUGACUGAAGAGGCCGCGGAGGAGACAAGCAGUCUGAUGUUCACUCUCUACGACCGGAGUCAGUCUGGUUUUAUUUCGGCUGCUUCUCUUCAGACGGCUCUGAUUUCUCUCUCAGCUGAAACUCCUCUGCUCAAAUACACAGCUCUGCUGAGUGUUGCAGAGGAUGGUUCAGGAUCAGUCAGUCGCUCUGGACUCAGAUCUCUACUGCAGGACCUCAGCCUGGUUGUCCAGGAGGACAGCAGAGUAUUUGGAAGCGUGGAGGCGGCGCUGACCUCGUGUUUUAACAAGGUGUCCUGUUGCUAUGGUUACCGGCUCUUCACCGCCUGUCCGUCAGUCAGAACGUCCGGCACGCCGUCCGCUGCCACGCCUGCAAGAUCCGGUUAA